AUGGCAAAGCCGCAAUUGGAAGUGUUCUCUGCUCUAGACAAAGCGAAGACACAGUGGUACCACUUUAAGGCCAUAGUGAUCUCAGGUAUGGGCUUUUUCACAGACGCGUACGAUCUUUUCUGCAUCUGUACCGUCACAAAGCUUCUCGGACGGCUGUACUACUACGAUCCAGCGUCAGGCAAUCCUGGAUCAUUGCCCCCGAAUGUGGCUGCAGCGGUCAAUAGCGUGGCCCUCUGCGGAACUCUGGUGGGGCAACUGUUCUUCGGAUGGCUUGGGGACAAAAUGGGACGGAAAAGAAUCUAUGGCAUUACACUCAUGUUCAUGGUCGUCAGCACCAUUGGGAGCAGCCUCUCCUAUGGUCACACGGCCAAGUCCGUGAUGACCACGCUCUGUUUCUUUCGCUUUUGGCUGGGGAUAAGUAUCGGCGGGGACUACCCGUUAUCCGCAACGAUCAUGUCGGAGUACGCGAACCAAAGAACCCGCGGGGCUUUCAUGGCCGCCGUGUUCGCAAUGCAAGGCUUCGGAAUCAUAGCUGGCGGCGCAGUUGCCAUUAUGGUCUCUGCGUGCUUCAACCAUGCAUAUAAGAGACCCGUGUUCGCAGAAAACCCUAGUCUCUCCACAGCUCCGCAGGCCGAUUUCGUGUGGAGAAUAAUCCUCAUGGUGGGAGCUGUACCCGCUGUUCUGACCUACUACUGGCGCAUGCGCAUGCCUGAAACCGCGCGGUUUACUGUACUGGUCGCAAGGAAUGCAAAGCAAGCCGCUUCUGACAUGUCCAAGGUUCUCCAAAUGGAAAUCGACGAAGACCCACAAGCAUUUGAAGACGACGAUAGUGUUAACUACGGACUGUUUUCUACAGAGUUUUUAGUACGCCAUGGUCGGCAUCUUUUAGGCACUACAUUCUCCUGGUUCUUCCUUGACAUUGCAUUCUACAGCCAGAACCUGUUCCAGAAAGAUAUCUUCACGGCCAUUGGAUGGCUUCCUUCUGGGAAGAACAUGAACGCCAUAGAAGAGGUCUACAGAAUUGCAAGAGCACAGUCAUUGAUUGUGUUGUGCUCAGCUUUACCGGGCUUCUGGUUCACUGUCUUACUCAUAGACCGAAUCGGACGGAUCCCUAUUCAGCUCAUGGGCUUCUUCUUCAUGACGGUCUUCAUGUUGGCCAUAUCAAUACCGUAUGAGCACUGGAGAGGCCAUAAAUGCGGGGAUGACUUCUGCGGGGGCAACAAUAUGGCCUUUGUCGUGCUCUAUUCUUUUACAGUUUUCUUCUCCAACUUUGGGCCCAACAGCACCACUUUCAUUGUUCCGGCGGAGAUUUUCCCCGCACAUUUGCGAUCGACGUGCCAUGGUAUAUCGGCGGCGGCUGGAAAAGCAGGGGCGAUUGUCGGAGCAUUUGGAUUUCUGUACGCUGCGCAGAGUCCGCUUGAUCAGGAGACUAAUGCAGGGUACCCUAGAGGAAUCGGCAUUAGGACUGCGUUGCUUGUGCUAGCUGGAAUGAAUGCGCUGGGGUUUGUGUGCACGUUUCUUGUGCCGGAGACGAACGGGAAAUCACUCGAGGAAUUGUCGGGCGAGAUCGAUGAAGAUGCGGUUGGAUACAAAGAAAAGCAUUGA